AUGGACUGGCAACCUGAGGAGGAGCCAUUGAGGCAGCUGGCUUGCUGCCUCCGGGACUCUCUCGUUGGAGGAAUCGGUCCAGCCCGCAAGCAAGCUGAACAGAUGCUUUCUCAAGCUACCUCUUCUCCGGACUACAUUAACUACAUCACCUACCUCUUUUCUACCCCGCACCCUCCUCCAUCGUCGGGGAUUAGCAAUGCGGAUUACAGCACCAUUCGAUUUGCCGCUGCCAUGAACGUCAAGACCAAGAUCUUCGUCGCCUACAACACCAUCUCUCCCCAGAGCCUAGUUUUUGUGCGAUCUGCAGCCUUGCUCGCCCUGCGCGACUCUGAGCGCAACGUUCAGCGCGGGGCUGGUAGCAUCAUUACAGAGCUCCUCAGUCAAGGAGGCCUGUUGGCUUGGCCCGAGGUCCUUCAAGAGCUGUUGGCUCUUGUAGGCAAUGCAUCCGGCGAUGUUACCAUUGGCACUCGAGAGGCUGCCAUGGAGGCUCUGUUGAAGGUCUGCGAGGACAAUCGCAAGAUCCUUGACCGCGAUUACUCCGGACAGCGCCCACUUGACGUGAUCAUUCCCAAGCUCUUGGAGUUCAGCUCCAGUGAGAGCUCUAACAUCCGUGCCACCGCUCUCAGUGCCGUCCACAUCUUCCUCCCCUACAAGCCCCAGGCAUUGAUGCACUCGCUCGAUCUCUUCCUUUCACAGCUUUUCAACCUGUCUGGUGACCAGGACACUAAGGUCCGACAGAUGGUCUGCCAGUCAUUCUCCCAACUGGUGGAGUUUGCACCCGAGAAGCUUGCCCCGCACAUGGAGGGUCUGGUCAACUACAUUAUCAUGCAACAGCAAUCUCAGGAUGAUCCGGAGCUCGCCCUCGAUGCAGCUGAAUUCUGGAUCGGCGCUGGAGAGCAAGCCCAAUUGAAACAGGCACUCGCCCCAUUCAUGCCUAAGAUCAUCCCGGUCCUUCUUCAGAACAUGAUCUACGAGGAGGAUGAAGUCAUCCGACUGAUGGCCGAACAGGAUGAUGCCGAUACCGAGGACCGUGCUGAGGAUCUCAAGCCCCAGUUCGCAAAGUCCAAGUCUGACCGCAUGACCGCAAACAAGCAGGGCGACCAAGCCAACGCCCCGGAGGAGCAACAGAUCGAGGAAGAUGAUGAUGAUGAUGACCUGAGCGAAGGUGAAAUUGAAGACUCCGAAUUCGGAGAUGACCCCUCGGGCAACUGGACUCUGCGCAAGUGUUCCGCUGCAGCCCUUGAUGUCUUCUCCAAUGUUUACCACCGUCCUGUGUUUGAAAUCCUUCUGCCAUACCUGAAGGAGACUCUCCGCCAUGAACAGUGGCCUAACCGCGAAGCUGCUGUUCUCACCUUGGGCGCAGUUGCCGACGGAUGCAUGGAUGCCGUGACUCCUCAUCUCCCAGAGCUCGUUCCCUACCUGAUCUCACUACUGAACGAUGCCCAGCCUGUCGUGCGACAGAUUACUUGCUGGUGCUUGGCCCGUUACUCUGGCUGGGCUGCUAGUCUUCGUGAGCCAUCUCAAAAAGCGCAAUACUUUGAGCCUAUGAUGGAGGGUAUCCUUCACCGUAUGCUGGACAGCAACAAAAAGGUGCAAGAAGCUGCUGCAUCGGCCUUUGCCAGCUUAGAAGAAAAGGCAGAUGAAAACCUGUUGCCCUACUGCGACCCUAUUCUGCGACAAUUCGUCGCAUGCUUCGCGAAGUACAAGGACAGGAACAUGUACAUCCUCUACGAUUGUGUGCAAACACUUGCCGAGUGUGUCAUGAAUGAACUUUCCAAGCCUCAUUUGGUCAGUAUUCUCAUGCCCGCCCUCAUUGGACGCUACAACUCUGUUAGCGACGAGUCGCGGGAGCUGUUCCCACUCCUUGAGUGCCUUGGCUACAUUGCUGCUGCAUACGGCGAUGUCUUCGCCGAAUUUGCACCCCCUCUUUUCCAACGUUGCAUCAGAAUCAUCUACGAGAACUUGCAAGCAUCUCUCCAGUCGGCAAACAACGCCGCUUAUGAUGAGCCUGACAAGGACUUUUUGGUCACUAGUUUGGAUCUCUUGAGUGCCAUUAUUCAGGCUAUCGACCCACGUAAGAGUGGCGAGCUUAUAUCUUCCUCGCAGCCACGGUUCUUCGACAUCCUGUGCUACUGCAUGGAGGAUUCCAACUAUGAGGUCCGCCAAUCCUCAUACGCUCUUCUGGGUGACUGCGCUAUUAGCAUCUUCCCCCACCUCCAACCUUUCAUCCCCACCAUCAUGCCAAUCCUCAUCAAGCAGCUUGACCUGGAUCUUAUCCGUGACGACGAUCGCCACACCGGUUUCAGCGUUUUGAACAACGCCUGCUGGUCCUGCGGUGAGAUCGCUGUCAACGAGAACGCCGGUCUCUCGCCAUACGCCGAAAAACUAUACCAAAGCCUCCUCACUAUCAUUGAGAACGAGGAGAUCAUUGAUUCCGUCAAUGAGAAUGCCGCCAUGGCAUUGGGACGAUUGGGACUCUGCUGCGCUGACCAGAUGGCGCCACAAUUGAGCGAGUUCUCUGGAUCUUUCUUGAAGUCAAUGGACAAGAUUGACUUCACCCGUGAGAAGGCCUCUGCUUUCCUCGGUUUCAACCAGGUCGUGAUGAAGAACCCGCAGGCCAUGGAAUCAAGCCUGGUCGACUACUUCCAGGCCAUUUCCACUUUCCCCGCCAAGUCGCUGGUGCAGGAGGAGUAUCGGGAGAUCCAGGUCUCGUUCCAACAGGUUCUGCAAGGGUACAAGAACAUGAUCCCCAACUUCGACGACUUCCUCGGUCAGCUCCCCCAGGCCGUAGCCCAGACACUGCGCACGGUGUACCAGAUCUAA